UAAAUUAUAUAGUCAGCUUGGCUCCUAAAUUCGACUAAAUUUAAACCAAAUUUUAAUACUUAGUAUGGCAACGUUACACAUGGUAAAGUCGCAGUUGUUGCCAAUUUCCAGCAAGGAUAAUGUGGCACUUACAAAAUUUCGCAUUUCUAUUGCCAACGUACUGUUGGUUUUCUAUUUAAUACCACCACUGUCAGUCUGCUACUUUAUAAUAAACACUUUAAUAACGGAUUUUGAGGGAUCGACUGCCACGCACUGUAGAGUGUUCAAUGUGCUGCCUUCAAUGUCUUCAGUAGCCAAGUCGCAACAAGUUGUCUGGAAGCUAGUUACGUGGCAGCACUUUCCCGCGCGUCUGCUGCUCAUUUGGCUCUACUCCCGCUACUAUUGCAACAGGCUUAAUCGUGGAGCACGCAAGCUGAGCUAUGUGGCGUUAUAUCUGCUGCUACAGGAGAGCAUCAGCACAGUAGCUUUGGCGCAAUGGGCGCACAUCAAUGGGAGCGUGCGUAUACAUAUUAUAACAGUGCUUUCUAUGUGGCUCUCCGGUUGUGGCUAUUUAGCCAUAUCCUUUAUAUGCUACAAGCAGCAACGCUAUGAGCCAUUGAAGCCACAUGAGCAGCUGUCUUAUAGGUUGAAGCGCAAUCUAUUGUGUGUCUAUUUCUGCACCAUUGUGAGCAUGUGGAGUUGGUAUCUACUCCAUACACAGCUCUGUUUGCCUCUUGUCUAUUCUGUAUUUGCGCUUUGCGAAUAUAUAGUAACACUAACUAACAUGUUAUAUCUCUGCACUUGCUACUUGGACUUCUAUACAUUGUAUUUAUGUCAUGGUCAAUACGGUUACAUUUUGACGGAAUUUUAAUAACAAAUUUUGUACAUAAUAAAAAC